CUGUGACAGCCGGAGACGAGGCCAGUUUCUCCUGUGUGGCCAUUGGCAAACCAAUGCCUGGCUUCAAAUGGCAAAAGGAUAUGGUGGAUAUAGCGGACUCGCAUCGUAUCUUUAUGGGUGCGGAUAGUGAUGGGGCGGCAGAGCUCAUCAUCAGAUCGGCACGGGUUAGCGACUCCGGACUAUACAGCUGUGUAGCCCAGAGCACCGCUGGACGUACCAAGUGUUCUGCCUACCUAAGAGUCCUCGCCAAGUCCAAAUCCAGAUCACCACCAGACUCCCCUGAAACUGCAGCUGCAAAGAAAUUGGAACAGCGCUAUGAGCGUGCACGUAUAGAAAUACCGGGUGGACGUGCCCCCAGAUUUUCUGAACCCCUGCCAAAGGUAGUGGAAUUAGACGAAGGGGAUAAACUGCGUCUAGAGUGUGAAGUAGAAGGCUACCCCAAACCUAAAGUGACUUGGUACAAGGCCACCAGAAACUUAACUUAUGACUACAGACACAGGGUGAAGGUCGAACAGACCACACACGUACUCGAGGUCAAUGACGUCACAGUCAUCGACUCGGGAGAGUUCAUCGCCAAGGCAGCCAAUGAUCUUGGUGAAGCAGAAACAAGAUGUAUUGUUCGUGUCAAUAAACGAAGAUCUGAAAAAGAAAGGGAGGUAACUACAGAGGCAGCCCAGAGAGCAGCAGCUCCGUUCUUCAUCAAACACCUUCCUCAAUCCAUUGAUGUUAUGGAGGGUAUGGAUGUCCAACUGGACUGCAUUGUUGAAGGCGAUGUUACAAUGGUAAAGUACAAACGUGCAGAGGCCAAGGUUGUCACAGAACAUUUCCAGUCUGGUGACUUUGAAGGAACCUAUCAUGAGGUUCCCAUGGCGUCCAUUCCUACAAUGAGCAUGCCUGGAGCUGAAGGAGGGGCUGGAUCACGUCCAAGGCUCAACAUUCCUGAACACGGUUCAAAACGUGCACCCAGGUUCAUAGAGGAAAUGGAAGAUGGAGCCAUUGUCACUGGUAGCAUAGCAACCAUGUCUGUUGUUAUUGAUGCUAAUCCUGCUGCUGAAGUCACCUGGUACAAAGAUGGCAAGAAAAUCAGAAAUACGGAUCACUAUGAGACUUAUCUAGAAGAUGGAGCUCACAAUCUCGAGAUCUUCGAUACACUCACCUCAGACACUGGCCUUUACCGAUGUGUUGCCCGCAACGAGAUGGGCUCCGCGGAAUGCCAAUGUAAACUUGACGUCAAAGUGAGAGGUGACGCAGGUGAGGACUCCUUCAGCACGCCUUCCAAUGAUGAAGAAUCAGGAGUGAAGGAUGCUGGUCCAAGGAAAUUUCCCCCUCGAUUUGUCGUUGAACUCGAGCCUGAGAUGAUAGUUGCCAUCGGUGACAAUGUCAAACUUGUUUGUAUAAUUGACGACGCCCUUGAUAAGGUAGAAUGGGAAAAGGAUGGCAAAAAGAUGUUGGAGGAUUCCAGAACCAAGAUUGUGCAAGAACCUGAUGGAACACAACAACUUGAGUUAUUUAAAGCUGUGUCAUCAGACGAUGGCAUUUACUCAUGUGUUGCCAUGACAACAUCAGGGAACACUGUGACAACAAAAACCCAACUUAGUGUGACAGAAGAGAAGAAUCAGCCUUUGACUGUUGACGAAGAGACCAAACCUAAGUUCACAAGUCAAUUGAAGGAUGUGUACUGUAAGGAUGGGGAGGAAGUGACCUUGGAAUGUGAGGUCACUGGACUGCCACGCCCACAAAUGACCUGGCAUAAGGACAAACAUGAAAUCCUGGACAGCCAGGACUUCCAGAUUAGUACUAUUGGAAAUAAGUGUCGACUAACCAUCGCUGAAGUUUUCCCCGAAGAUGAGGGCCGAUAUAUCUGCAAGGCCAUUAACUCACUAGGGGAGACAACUGCAUCAUGCCAACUCCUGGUGGAAGACACUCUUUCCUAUGAUUCUGCUUCAAUGUCAUCUUCAACUUAUAGUCGUGGUGGAAGUCUGGCCCGCAGUGUAACUGAUGACCAGAAUAAUGCAGACCUUCAAGUCGAUCCAGUCUCUAAGAAACUAGUCAAAGACAAGAAAUCUGUGAAAGAAAAAGAAAAGGUCCCAGAGUUUAUUGUAAAACCACGACGUCAGUUUGUCAAUGAAGGCCAAACAGCGAAAUUCAAGGCUUCGUACGAUGAUACGCCACAAACCAAACUCACCUGGAGUCGAACUGAUGGGGACGCCCUGUCAUCAGGUGGUAAAUACAAGAUUUAUGAGGAGAAUGACUUUCAUUGGCUGGAAGUGCGUGAUGUCACAAGUGAAGAUUCUGGGAGCUACACGUGUAUGAUCAGGAACUCUGUCGGCAGCAACAAAGCCGAUGUUGAUCUAGAUGUAUAUGUGAAACCUAAGACCACCUCGAAGAAAAGUGGCUUCGUGGCGCCCAAAGUUGACAUUCCGCUUAACGACCUUGUUGUUUCUCCUGGAGACAAAAAUGUCUCCUUGGAAUGUAAAUUCUCAAAUGCUAUAGAUGCCUCUGCAACUUGGUACAAAGAUGGCCGUCUUGUGACAUCAAGUUUCCUGACAAAACAAUCAUUUGAUGGACGCCUGGCUCGCUUAGUUUUGACUCGUGUGGCCUCAAAAGACACUGGAAAAUAUCAGUGUACCGUUACCAACACUGGUGGAGAGGCGAAAACAUCUGGCUCUCUCACAGUGUCUAGUGCCGGAACUCGUGCCAUUCCGCCCAAAUUUGUGAACCCUCUCUCCAACCAAUCAUUGAGUGUCGGGGAUAAACUGGUCCUGGAAGCUAAAGUUACAGGUUAUCCCCGCCCCACAGUGCACUGGUACAAGGAGAAAGAGGAACUCACUUCCACAGAGGCAAGCACAAUGGAGUUUGAUGGAUCUACCGUAAGACUCGUCAUGCCACACGUCAAGGCCACAGACAGCAGCACCUACAAAUGUGUGGCCGAGAAUGAGGCCGGCAAAGAUCAGAUCAAGGCGAAGAUCACCGUCACAUCAACAACAAAAGAUCAAUCAACCGAUGAUUUCCGAGAACCACCAACAUUUGUUCGGGAGUUACAUGACAUGGAGGUUGACAAUGGAGACCGGGUGGAGCUUUCCGUGGAGGUCAAAGAGCGUAAAAUAGACAAUCUUAUACCAGAGGAACAAAUAACCAACACAAGGAAUAUUCCAAGUGAACAUAUGAACAACACGUUUGAACAACUGACAGUCAAUAAUUUGAACAAUGAAAGUGAACAUUUUACAAAAACGAUGGAAGACAAAUCCGUCUCCAACGAAGACGACAAUGUAUUCCGUGAUCAAAAGAAUCUAAAACCACCAGGAUUUAUCUUACGACCAAGAACAGCAUUUGUUAGUGUCGGGAAUAGUGCAAUAUUUCUGUGUAGGGCAUCUGGAAUACCACCACCUAGUGUAGAAUGGAGUAGGGAAGGGGAGAAAAUCACUAAACAAGACAAAUAUAAGAUAAAAAAUGGGGAAGACAAUUUACUGGAAGUAAAAUGUGUGUCAGAGUCAGACGUGGGAACCUAUACUUGUACCCUGAGGAACCCAAGCGGUACAAUAUCCACGGACACCAGACUUGUACUAAGUACACACGACGUAACUGGACACACACAAAACCAGAGUCAGAAUCUUAAUAGUCCUGUGCUGAAAAAAACAUCUCUUCUAGAAAGUGCCAAAUCAUCUUCACAAAGGGAGAUGAAACCAGACUUUGUUAGUAUCAAACUACGCAAAACAGAAAAACAUGAAACAAAGUUACUGGAUACAACUCAGAAAGUGCCUGAUGUGAAACCAGUUCCAGUUUUUUCUUUAAAAAAGAACAGAAACACCGAAGAUUCAUCUGUUUCAUCACAACAUCACAGACAAUUAGAUGAACCUCAAAUAUCAUCAAGACCAUGCAGAAAUUUAGAAGAAUCGCCAGUUUUAUCAAGACAGCACAAAAAUUUAGAACAAUCGCCAGUUUUAUCAAGACGGCACAAAAAUUCAGAAGAAUCGCCAGUUUUAUCAAGACGGCACAAAAAUUCAGAAGAAUCGCCAGUCUUAUCAAGACAGCACAAAAAUUCAGAAGAAUCGCCAGUCUUAUCAAGACAGCACAAAAAUUCAGAAGAAUCGCCAGUUUUAUCAAGACAACACAAAAAUUUAGAACAAUCGCCAGUUUUAUCAAGACGGCACAAAAAUUCAGAAGAAUCGCCAGUUUUAUCAAGACAACACAAAAAUUUAGAACAAUCGCCAGUAUUAUCAAGACAGCACAAAAAUUUAGAACAAUCGCCAGUUUUAUCAAGACGGCACAAAAAUUCAGAAGAAUCACCAGUUUUAUCAAGACGGCACAAAAAUUCAGAAGAAUCACCAGUCUUAUCAAGACAGCACAAAAAUUUAGAACAAUCGCCAGUUUUAUCAAGACAGCACAAAAAUUCAGAAGAAUCAAUUCUUUCAUCUAAACAGCACGGACAAUCGGCCAGCUCUUCAGGAUCCGAUAGUUCUGACCUGGGUUCGGAUAGGGGGAGAAGAGCAGGUGCUUCCCCCAGCUGGCUUAUAGAUAUAAACUCUACCCCAAGAGGUUCUCUCGGUAUGAGAGGAACAUACCCUAGAGUGCCUCUAGAUACAAGAGGUAAUUCACCUGCCAAUCCUAAGAAAACUGGAGUCAAUCAAAUUGAUUUCAGAGAUGUGUUGAAGCCUCGAACAGGACACCAAGUGUCGCAGACUGUUAAAGAGCCAAUCACUCGUUAUGUAACUAAACCUUCCCAAAGUCCAAUCAAAAACAGUAUUGCAAAUUUGAAAAGUCCAGUUAUGAUCAAUGGUACAAAAAGUGCUUCGAAGUCAGUUCCAGAUCGGAAAGUGUCCAGGGGAAAGGUUUCCGAGUUUAUAACAGCACUGGAAAAACCAACUGUAUCUCAAACUGUGAAGGAAAAUGUUGAGCCAGUAAAAGUGACACCUGGAAAGGUUAAUGAAACAGUUUCAACGAAAUUCACACCGUUUCUUUCAGAUAAACAAGUGAAAUCCAAAUACUCAUCUGGUAACAUAGACGAACAAACAAAAUCAAAACGUACACCUACUAAAGUGGAUGAAUCUGUGAAAACUGACUCUACCUCCGGAAAGUCCAAGAGGCUAGUUACCCAUGAACCAAUCAAAAGUGAGAUAUCACCCACCGUUAGAAAAGAAACUCCACCCCCUGCUUUGAAAAAAAUCCCACCACCUGUGGCUCCUAAAGCCAAACGUCAGGAGAGAAUUGAAAAAGCCCUGGAAAAGAUUGAUGAAAUUAAUCAAUCCAUUCUGCAGAUGCCAGGCGGGCCGCCAAUGAAAGAGCUUCUAAUGGCGGUGGAUGAUGAGGAAAGUGCCUCAGUGACAACAGAGGAUAGUUUUGCUGACUCUGAUUCUUCGUUUCCUAGCAAUACAGCCCCGUCCUGGGUGAAGGAACAUUUUGAUAAUCAAAGUGUACGAAACACGCCCUCUAGUGGAUUCUCUAGUCUUAGAAGUAAUAAUUCGAGUGAAAAUCUUUUAGAACCAUAUUCUUUAGAAAGUGAUGGUUCUACUGUACACUCGGAGACAAAUGAUAGUGGAAUUGUACGUGCUACUCCAGCUGUGCCCUACACACCAAUUACACUGAAAAACCCGAAGAAAUCAGGGAACACGUCUGUUACAACAAGUCAAACGUCUGAAAAAUCAGAAUCGUCUCAAAAAUCAGACACAGAAAAUGUUAAGAUGACAAAAUUAGAAUUUGAAGGACCUGUAUCAACGGCAGUUGAAAAAACCACACCAACUGUUACUUUAAAUGGUGUACGUUCCCGACGACUAUCAACUGAUUCUGAUAAAAGCAAACGAACACCAUCAAGUCCUGAACACAAGGAGAUGCGAUUGGUUAGAAGUCGCAGCAUUGACAAAGUCAACAACCAACUGCCAUCAUUUCUGACAAUGCUGGAGGAUAUUUCAAUUCCUGAAGGACGAUGCGUUAUAUUUGAAUGUCAAGUUACGGGAAUUCCAAGACCCGAAGUGUCCUGGUUUAUGAACAACAAUAAGAUAAAGCCCUCCAAAUUUUUUCAAAUGACGUAUGUAGAGGACACGGCUAGACUAGUUAUAAAGGGGGCGUAUCCUGAAGAUGACGGAGAAUACCUGUGUGUGGCGUCUAACUGUGUCGGCACAGAACGUCAGUCCUGUACCCUCUGCGUCAAAGAAUGCCAUGCUGUGUCUGCAAAGGACGACAACACAUCAGAAACUGAUGGACACCAAGCCCCGCAUAUCCACGAAAUCUCACCGCCAAAUCUCACCGUCCUGCGUGGAAAAAAAGCACAAGUCCAAGUCUCGUUUACCGCUGAACCACAGCCAACCAUCACCUGGUUACAAAACAAGGUCAAAGUGGAAACGGACGACAGGUACACGAUAAGUACGACCGAGCACUUCAGUCGUCUUGUCAUUGAGAAUGUGACUCUCGGUGAUGCGGGGAUCUAUGAUAUUGAUGUUGAAAACGAUGUUGGAAGGGACACAGGAUCAAUGGCUAUCACAGUGGAAGAUGUUCCAGACCCACCAAUAGGGAAGCCGUAUGCUUCAGAGGUGGCGCUCACCUAUGUGAUCCUUUCCUGGUCUGGCCCUGCCUUUGAUGGAGGCAGUCUCAUCACAAACUACAAAGUGGAAAUGUGUGAGGCAGAAUACCAGGAAUGGUCUACCCUUACUGAUAAAUGUCAUAGCACUUCAUACCAUACAGCAAAUCUAUCUCCACACACACCUUACUUUUUCCGUGUGAGUGCUGAAAACAAGCAUGGCAUGAGCAAACCUAGCGAGACAUCCGAUGUCGUGGUUACCAAAGAUCGUCGAGUUGCAGACCGUCUGUCCAUUGAGUCUGACGAAGUUUUUCUGUCGUCCACUUCGACAGCCUCUGUUUCACCGUUCACUCCCCUCUCUCCGCAAGAGGAGGAACCAGGGAUCCCAUUCAGUCCCCGAUUAGUGUCCGUUAGGAUGGAUGUUAAAUUUGAAGAGUUGUACGACCUUCAAAAUGAGGUUGGAAAAGGAAAAUUUGGUAAUGUCCACAUAUGCGUUGAAAAAGAUGACCAGGAUCAGAAAAAAUGGGCUGCAAAGGUCAUCAAAUGUCGUGGCAAGGACAAAGCAGCUGUACAGCGAGAGAUUGAGAUUAUGAACCAACUGAUUCACCCCAAACUAUUAAUGUUACGCGAUGCCUUUGAGACAGCAAGAAAAAUGGUACUUGUAAUGGAAUAUGUGGGCGGUGGAGAACUGUUUGAGCGAGUCGUUGAUGAGGAUUUUGACCUGACUGAACGUGACUGCGUGCACUUCCUGCGCCAGAUAUGUGAAGGAGUUGAUUACAUGCAUGGCAAGUCCAUCGUCCACCUUGACCUUAAGCCAGAGAACAUCCUGUGUAUACGGAAUGACAGCAAUUUGAUUAAGAUCAUAGAUUUUGGCCUCGCUCAAUUCCAUAAACCUGGAGAAAGCCUUCGUGGUAUUUCAGGAACACCAGAAUUCAUAGCUCCGGAAGUUGUCAAUUAUGAGGAAAUCGGAUUGCAGACAGAUAUAUGGUCAAUAGGAGUUAUCUGUUAUGUCUUGCUGUCUGGAUUGUCUCCCUUUAUGGGUGAUACUGAUGCUGAAACGCUAUCGAAUGUAACUGCAGGUGAAUUUGAUUUUGAUGAUGAAGCCUUUGAGGACAUCUCCAAUCAUGCCAGGGAUUUUAUAGAGAAAGCUCUAAACCUCAACAGGCAAAUUAGACCCAGUGCCAAAGAUUGCCUCAGCCAUAGAUGGCUAGUGAAAGAACAAAACAGUGCCAAAAAACUUCGCCAAAGUCUUCGCAAUUUGAAACAGUUCAUGGCGCGACGCAAAUGGCAGAAAAUGGGAACUGCUAUUCGGGCGCUGGGGCGCAUGUCCUCUCUGCAGAAACUGGUAAAGGUUGACAGAACCAACAGCGAGAGUUCUGUCUUUAGUGACUCUGAUGCCACUUCUCAGAGUGACCUUUCUUCUCAGCCCUCAAGGUCAAGGUCAUCCAGCAAGAUGGAGGACACACCUGCCAUAGACCAACCAACAGUAGCCACAAUGACAGACCAACCGACGUUCACUAUAACAACUUGCGAUACCACUACAAGUAAUGUGUUCAAUCAACAACAACAACCCACUCCUGCAGAAAACAUAGACAAAUCUACUGAUACAGAUUACUGCAAUAACUGUAUCAAAGGUCAAGGUCAUGACAGCGACCUUCAAAGUGAGAGUACAUCAUCCAUACCCAGGACAUUAUCAGCCCAAAGUGAUACUGACACGUCCACGAACACCUCUUUGCGAUUUGUCCGUGAAAUGGUUGACUGCCAGGCAGUCUCCGGCGAUGUGAUUCGAUUUGAUGUCACAGUGUCAUGUGACCAAGAUCAGGAUAUUCAUUGGUUCCAGGAGGACAUUGAAAUAGUCGAGGACGAUCGCCACUCAUUUGUUUACGACGACAAAGGAGGUUGUUCACUGAUCAUCAGAAACGUGUCAGAAGAAGACGAUGGCGAAUUCACAUGCAAAGCAUCAAACUGCUUUGGAGAAAUCACAUGUUCCGCAGACCUAAUCAUCUACGGAACAGGAGCAUUUUAAAAAAUGUCACCUAUCAUAUGUAGCGUAUUUCUUCUUAGAACUGUCCAACUUUACUUACAGUUUUGAAAUAAUCAAAAAUUUUUAUUUAAUACAAUAUUUUAUUAACUAAGGUGCCUUGGAUCAGAUGAAGUUUUUUUCACAGAAAUGAAUUUGAAAUCCAAUUGAAAUCAACUACAUUACAAUGUAAUGAUAUUUGCAGCACUUUCCGAUACCUUUAGGCAGGUUUAAGUGUUGUAAGGUAUAUUUGUGUUAUUUGGGUCCAUACACUUAACACUAAUGGAUAUGUAUGUUUAUCUACACUGUAUAAUUUACCCACAAAGUCUAAGUAUAUAAAAGCUAUAUACCUUGGGUUCUCUGAUUCACUGUACAAUCGCUUGCUGCUUGCAUAUUCAUCAACAGUGUCUCGGCUAGAAUCCAAACUUUCGUAAAACAAACUUUCGUACCCUCAAAUCUAACCCUGAUAGACUUUGUGGUAAAAUUAUACGAACAGUCAUUGUUGAUGAAUUCUGCUCUUCUGUUCUGUUUGUAGUUGUAUUAUAUUUAUGUAACAUUAUAUAAUUUUAUUGAUAAAUCUUUUAGAGUUACAUAUUUGUAGAUAAGUAAUUUAUCGUAUGUUACCAUGGUGAUGGUUAUGUUGCUAAGGUUACAGUUUCAUUUCUGUAGUGAUGUCAGCAACAAGGUAAUAUAGAUACAACCUGCUGUGAUAGAUUAAACGAUAUUUGUUGUUGCCAUGGUAACAAAAACAUGGAGACAGUUUUAUUUAUAGAUAUCCUGUUUUCUUUUAACUUUGCUCAAUGUCUGGUCAGUAUUGGCCUCGUAUUUGAUGUCCUUUCUUUUGAGUUUCAACGAAAGUGCUGCAUAUAUCAAACAAUUCUUUUUCAAUAAACAAAAUAUCAGAAUA